GUCCUCUCCCCACCACUCUGACACAUUUUAUCUCUCUAAGAAUGGUGUAAAUUUGAUGUCUGAUAGUGCAAGCAAAGCAAUCACUCAAGACUUCCAAUUUUCUUCGUUUCUCCCCUUCUCUGGACAAUAUUUGUUUUAGAGUAUUUGAAUUCUUUUUUUUUGAAAUAAAGAGUAUUUGAAUUCUUCAUCCUACAUAAACUAUAGUUAGGUUAUAUACUAUAGCUUAUGAACGAUUUUCAAAUACCCCAUGAUUGAACUAUAUUUUAUAGUGUAACUAGUAAAAAAUAGUAGCAAAACUGCCAUAACUAAAUUCUAUAAAGACGAAUGGAGAGAGCGAAAUAGUUUGAAAAUAUUUAUUUUUGUAUUUGCACAAAAAUAUAGUUUGUUUUCUCUUUCUCUCUUGCUUUAUUAGUCUUGAGGCUUUUACUAUUAAUACCGUAAGUCUUCUUAGUUUAAGACAUUGUCUUCACAUCCAAAACCAAAAUAAAAUAUUUGUCUCUUCUCUUCCUUUAAAGUCUUUCAUUACAAGACCCCAAACAUCUAAUCUUUCCUUGGCUGGUGCUGACUAUAUCUUUAACAAUGUUCUGACCUUUUGAAGCAUAUUAAGAUCAAAGUCUACUGCUUUCAGUUCUGUAGUUUUCUAUAGCUUACUCCUUCGCUAGCCUCUCUAUCCCCAAACCAAGAAACAUUUUGCAACACUUCUGUACAAGAGUUGAUAAGAAAAUGAAUAUUGCAAGUCAAGAAGAUCAUGAUAUGCCUAUCCCAUUAAACACUACAUAUGUUGGUGGUGGUGGUCAUGGUCAUAUGAUCCAUCAUCCUCAUGAUCAUCAUGCUGCUGAUUCUGCUCCUCCAACUCACAAAAACAUUACUACUACUCAACCACCGCAAAGGCCGUUACAUGCGAAUGGUCAUGGCAACAAUAAUGAUGAUGAUCAUCAAGAUCCAUACCAUGUUGGUUACCACGCAAUCAUCAAGAAACCUAUGAUAAAGUACAAGGAGUGUCUCAAGAACCAUGCAGCAGCAAUGGGAGGCAAUGCUACUGAUGGGUGUGGAGAGUUUAUGCCAAGUGGUGAAGUUGGCUCCAUUGAAGCUCUCACUUGCUCAGUUUGCAAUUGCCACAGAAAUUUCCAUAGAAAAGAAGUUGAAGGUGAAACCCCGGCCACCGCCAUUUCCUCUUACCACCAACCGCCUCCACCGCGAAAACUCAUGGUCAACCACCACAAUAUCAGAUCAGCCAUGCCUCACCAAAUGAUCAUGCCGAUAGGAGUUUCUAACUAUCGGUACAUGCAUAACUUGGAAUCCGAUGACUUCAUGGAACAAGAAGGCGUAACCCCCGCAUCUAGACCACCACCUUACAACCAGAAGAAGAGGUUUAGGACGAAGUUCACACCAGAACAGAAAGAGAAGAUGCUGAGUUUUGCUGAGAGGGUUGGGUGGAAGAUACAAAGGCAAGAAGAUAGCGUUGUUCAGAGAUUUUGUGAAGAGAUUGGAGUGAAGAGAAGAGUCCUUAAGGUUUGGAUGCACAACAACAAGCUCCAUUUCUCCAAUAAGAACACUAGCAACAACAUUAACCUCGACAACGAUAAGAUCAACAACGUUAACAAUGUUGAUCUAUCCGGUAAUAACGACAUGAUUUAGUAUUAAGUACGUUAUUUUUAUGAUUUGAUUAUGAGAAUUCAUCUUUAUGUUAGCUAUUAGGGUUUGAAUAAUAUUUUCUAGUUGGUGUGGUUAUAUUUAUAUUAUGUAAACUCGUUUUGCUAUUUGACUAUGGAUUAUACUUGUCGUAUAUCUUUUCUAGUCUGGUUAAUGUAGUGUCUAUUUUCCUUUGGAAGUUAUAUAUAUGUUGACUUCUUGUAAUAAAUGUAUGGUCAGUUGUAUUUGUGGUCUU